AUGUCGGGAUUCUCGGGCUAUGGUGGGGGCUACGGUCCGCCGCAACCUCCCCCAGGCGGUUACUACCCCCCGCACACGCAACCUCUUCCUCACCCUCAGCAUCCUCCCUACACCCUCUAUCCACAGCCGAUGCCGCCGCAGUUUCCCCCUCAGGUACCUUUCGGCUACCCUCAGCAACAACCACCGCCUUACGCAUACGCUCCCCCGACCACUCUUCCGCAGCAACCCUACCCCCCAUUUGCUAAUCCCUCUCCGCACCCGGGCCAAACUAGUCCAACGACGGGACCCCUUCCGCCACAACAGCAGCAGCCACCUCGAGGUCAACCGCAGCAGCAGUCUCCAGGAUCUCAGGCCGGUAGCCAUAACAGCGCGCCCCUCCCUCUCCCUCCGACUGGCGCGCAACAAUUCGGCCACGGCGCACCUCCCUCCUACGCCUAUCAGUACUCGAGGUGUACGGGCAUCCGAAAGGCCCUUCUUAUCGGUAUCAACUACUUUGGCCAGCGUGGCCAACUGCGGGGAUGUAUCAACGAUGUGCGCAACAUGUCGGCCUACCUGGUGACGCACUUCGGCUACAAGAGGGAGGACAUGGUUAUUCUCACAGACGAUCAACAGAAUCCCAUGAGCCAGCCGACGAAGCAGAAUAUUCUGAGGGCGAUGCAUUGGCUAGUGAAAGACGCGAGGCCAAAUGAUGCGCUGUUUUUCCAUUACUCGGGACACGGAGGGCAGACGAAAGAUCUAGACGGAGACGAAGUAGACGGAUAUGAUGAAGUCAUUUACCCUGUUGAUUUCCGACAAACGGGACAUAUUACCGACGAUGAGAUGCACCGGAUUAUGGUCCAACCUCUUCAGGCCGGCGUGAGGCUCACAGCUAUCUUCGACUCGUGUCACUCGGGUACCGCCCUCGAUCUUCCCUACAUUUACUCGACGCAGGGAAUCAUGAAGGCACCCGACCUUGCAAGAGAAGCGGGUGAGGGCCUCCUCCAAGUUGUAUCGUCUGGUAGUCUUAGCGAGGCGGCCAACGGCUUUACCUCUCUGUUGAAGAGGGCAGCGACGGGCCAGGAGGCUCACGAGAGGACGAUGAUGACAAAGACGUCGCCUGCUGAUGUAGUGAUGUUUUCGGGCAGCAAGGAUAACCAGACCUCUGCUGACGAAAACACCGGUGCCAUGUCCUGGGCCUUUAUGUCGGCCCUCAAGAAGAAUCCCCAACAGAGCUACGUCCAACUGCUCAACAGCAUCCGCGACGAGCUCUCCACGCGUUAUACGCAGCGUCCUCAGCUCUCGUGCAGCCAUCCUCUCGCACAUGACGCCGAGCUCCGCGGUCGCCAUGGUUUUCCUGAUUCUACUUUUCCUACCAUGUCGAGUUAA